AUGACCCAGGCACCCAAGAUCACCAUCAACGUCGCCAGAGUGGCGACCAUUCAAGCGUGGUUCCAUAAAACGGCUGUCGCGCAUAGCAUCAAAGACCUUGAGAAGGCACUUCCACAGGUUGCGUCCAUCAGCGGCAUGCAAGUGAAGGAUUAUUUGCAAGCCCUCCAAGACGACAACAAGAUCUGCGUUGAGAAGAUCGGCAGUGGCAAUUGGUACUGGAGCUUUCCAAGUGACGAAAAGAAGACCAGAGAGGCUGCGUUGGAGAGGGCUCAGGAGGACUUGAUCAAAGCCGAUACUGCGGCCACGGAACUGCAGAGGAAGGUUGACGAUGCAGGAGCGGUGCGCGGCGAAGAUGGAGAGACAUUUGCAUACACCGGGAUGGACCGCGAUUCUCUCACUACCAAGCACGCCACUUUGAUAAAGGAACUCGAGCAACUUCGACAGGAAUUGGCCGCUUACAGCGAGCAAGACCCCAUCGAAGUAGACAAGAAGAAACACGAAGCACAGCAAUACCAGGGUGAAGUGGAUAAAUACACGGAUCAAAUACUCAGCAUGGAGGGUUGGCUGAAGGAGCGGUUGAGGGGCGAUGCAGAGCAGGUGAUGCAGACCAAGCGCCUGCUCUAUGGUGACGACUUCGACGAAGAGGAGGGCGGCUUGCGCGAAUCCCAUAGCAUAAUUGUAAGCAAUAUUGCGAGUCGAGUGACGCUAUCUCAUGAAUCAUUUCGCGUCAUUGUGUCGCCUUCGGGAGUGGAUAUUGAGUCAUCUCUUUCCAUGCCUAGGUGGCUGUGCCUGCAUGUGAGGCUGAGGCGGGCAUCUUGCACCCAGGAAACACCCCGCAUGGACUCUACGAGCGCAAACUUGCCUACACCCGGCCUCAACCCUGCCAGUCCCAUCCGCGGCGGAAGGGCCAGAGGGCGAGGGCGAGGCUUCUAUUCGGGCGGCUCGGAGCAGAAUCAUGAACACACUGGGGGGAGGGGCCGUGGACGAGGCGGCACGCAAGCGGGACGGGGCAGAGGCCGCGCAGACCGAGACGGCGGAGCAAGUCGGGGAGCGCGGUCGUUGGACAAAGGCAAAGCGCCUGCUACCAGCGCGCCUGAUAACCAUGGUGUGUUGGCAGCCCCUGCAAGACCAGUCGUGCUGGGCUCGGAUGUAGAGGCAGACACAGACGCAGAGGAAGGUGAGGUGUGCUUUAUCUGCGCAUCACCCGUACAGCACACCGCUGUCGCGCCAUGCAACCACCGCUCCUGCCAUAUCUGCUCCUUGCGGUUACGAGCGCUAUACAAGACGAAGGCAUGCGCGCAUUGUAGGACUGAGUCCGACCAUGUGAUAUUCACAGACGACCCGAACAAAACUUUCCAGGCGUUUGCGCCCGCAGAUUUCUUCAAGUCAGACGAUAAUCUCGGGAUACACUUCGAGAAUCUAGAGACAUACGACGACACGCGGCUGUUGCUCCAAUACAAUUGCCCGGACAGUGUCUGCGACGUUGCUUGCCUGGGCUGGCCGGAUUUGCACCGACAUGUCAAGACGGCACAUGGAAAAGUUAUGUGCGAUCUUUGUACACGGAACAAGAAAGUCUUCACGCAUGAACACGAGCUCUUCACAUUUGCUGAGCUUCGAAAGCACCAGAAGUUUGGAGACGAUAACCCUGGGGCUAUUGAUCAAAGUGGGUUCAAAGGGCAUCCCGAGUGUGGUUUCUGUCGACAACGAUUCUAUGGAGACGACGAAUUGUACACGCACUGUAGGGAGAAGCAUGAGCGCUGUCAUCUCUGCGACCGUCGAAAUGAAGGCCGAAAGCCUCAAUACUAUCUCGACUACGACGACCUGGAAAAUCAUUUUCGAAAAGAUCAUUUCCUUUGCCCAGACAGGGAAUGUUUAGAGAAGAAGUUCGUUGUUUUCGAUUCCGAGAUGGAUCUCAAGGCACAUCAACUGGAAACACACCCGAACGGACUCUCAAAGGACGCGCUUCGAGAUGCUAGGAGAGUGGACAUGUCAGGAUUUUCAAUACGGUCGCACGAGCAGGAACAAGACGGAAGGCGAGGCCGCGCGGGUAGGGAUGGAAGAGGCGACAGGGGCGGACGAGCAGGACGGGGGCGAGAUCCAAAUUCGGAACCGCUACCUCCAUCAUCAGCUCAGCCAAUGACCAGAGCUGAGCUUGCUUACCAGCGACAGAUGGCUUUGCAACAUGCUUCGUCAACGUCUGGGACACCUUCCGGGGGAAGGCCUUCCGCCGGACCCACGCCCACGGAGGCAUUCGCCGCUCGACCCCGACCGUCUGCGAGCGAUCCGCCCACUGUCAGUGUACCACGCCCUGUAAGGACUUUGGCGAACGAGCUUUCGAAUCGAGUUGGUCAAGUACAGCUAGACGCGCCGGCGCCCAAUGUUAUGCCGCAAACACCUCAAGAGCAGGCACGUUUGCUUCGACACAGUGCGGUAACAGAAAGAGCUUCAAACAUGCUGCGCAAUGACCAGACAAAGCUGCAGGAGUUCCGCUCAAGCAUCUCGGCCUUUCGCAGUUCUGGAAUAACAGCUACGCAGCUAAUCGAAGGAUUCUUUGCACUUUUCGACACAGGUUCUGCUGAGCUGGGCAAAUUGGUAAAGGAGUUGGCAGAGAUAUUUGAGAACCAGCAGAAGCGCGAAGCAUUAUUGAAGGCAUGGAGCGAUUGGAAAGCGAUCAACGAAGACUACCCGUCGCUCCCGGGAUCGGCCACGGGCCAGUCGCUCAAUGGGGGGCCGUCUGCACACGGAGGGUCAAGAGUGUUGAAGUUAAAAAGCUCUACUGUGCAAUCGUCACGGUCGGCGGUCAACAGACACGCAAGCUGGAACAAUGCGGCAUCCAGCAGCACGUUCCCUGCCCUCCCCGCAGCUUCAUCAAACCGUAUCGGGGCGAAACCAGGACAGACCCCUUGGGCAACGUCUUCGGCAACUCCUCGCAUUUCGCCCAUGCCGUCCCGUGCUACAUCGUCAGUGGCAUUAAAUAAGAGCAGCCUUGCGGACGCCUUCCCUGCGUUACCUGCCGCUCCGAAACCAACGAGCACCUUUUUCAGUCCCGGGUAUAUGGGAGCAGGAGUCCGAAGGGACAACAGCGGCCGGAGCACACCGGCCAGUGCGUGGGGUGCAGCAGGAGGGAUGGCAUCAAGCAGCACAGCACCGGCAGCGACUGCUGGGGAGGACGCUGGAGGUGGCAAGAAGAAGGGCAACAAAAACAAAAAACAGACGCUUUUCCACUUUGGCUAG